GUGUUUUCAGGUUAGGUGGUGAUGGUGAUGUUUGAUUUUUAGGUUAGUUUGGGAAAUUUUCCACUAGAAAAGCGGAAAAUUAACUUGUUUGCAGCAUUUAAAAGGGAAAAUUGAUUAUUAGGUUCUUCGUAUUGUAUAAAGCGCAUAGUACACAAUGUCUACAUUCACCAGACUUGUUUCUGUUGCGUGCAAAAGGACCGUUUUAAAGAAUGGAAGAAAUGCGUCUAAUAGGGUUAGGAACUUGUAUCUGCUUAAAAAUGGGGGUGCUCUAAAUCAAGUCAGAUUUCAACACACUGAUGCUGAAAAAACCGAGGAUUACCACUCAAUUAUUAAAAACACCGAAAAACCUCUUGGCGAGAGUACCAAACAUGAAUUUCAAGCCGAAACCAGGAUGCUCCUGGACAUUGUGGCCAGGUCGUUGUAUUCGGAAAAAGAAGUGUUUAUUAGGGAGCUAAUUUCGAAUGCUAGUGACGCCUUGGAGAAGUUUAGAUAUAUUUCUAUGUCAGAGAGCGAGGGGGAUAAAAUUAAUCGACCGUUGGAAAUUCACAUUUCCACCGAUAAAAAUGCCAGAAUAUUCACCAUUCAGGACACGGGUAUUGGCAUGACAAGAGAUGAACUGGUGCAAAAUCUUGGCAUUAUAGCCAAAUCGGGGUCAAAAGCCUUCAUAGAGCAAAUCAAGCAGCAACAAACCGGGGCUGAAAACAUAAUCGGGCAGUUCGGGGUGGGGUUCUAUAGCGCCUUUAUGGUCGCCGAUAAAGUGGAGGUUUACACCAGAAGUUCUCUGGACGAUCACGGUUGGAAGUGGACCUCUGACGGGACCGGUAGCUACGAAAUCCAGCCAGCCGAAGGGGUUAGUUUCGGCACAAAAAUUGUCCUACAUCUCAAAGGGGAUUCCAGGGAGUUUGCCGAUGACGAGACCAUUAAAAACAUUAUAACUAAGUACAGUAAUUUCGUGGGGAGUCCUAUUUAUCUUAAUGGCAAAAAGGCGAAUAUAGUGCAACCCCUAUGGCUAAAAGACCCUAAAUCUGUUACUAAACAGGAGCAUAUGGAGUUCUAUAAGUUCAUUAGUGGAAGUUAUGACUUGCCAAGAUACACUUUGCAUUAUAAGACUGAUGUGCCGCUAUCUAUAGCUGCUUUAUUGUAUUUUCCCGAGGGAAAGCCUGGUCUCUUUGAAAUGUCUCGAGAAACUGAAUCGGGGGUGGCAUUGUACACUAAGAAAGUCCUAAUUAAAAACAGGACCGACAAUAUUUUACCCAAAUGGUUAAGGUUUGUCAAGGGAGUAGUGGAUUCUGAGGAUAUUCCUUUGAAUUUGAGCAGGGAAUUGUUGCAAAAUAGCAACUUGAUCAGGAAAUUAAGGGAUGUACUCACCGGAAGAGUUACCAAAUUUCUAUUGGAUCAACUCAAGAAAGACCAGGGGGAAUACGAGAAGUUUUAUCAGGAUUACGGUAUAUUUAUUAAAGAAGGUAUUAUAACGAACCAUAAUCAGACUGAGAAGGAAGACGCCGCCAAACUCCUAUUAUUCGAAUCCUCCCGUUUGGAGGCAGGUAAAAAAAUCACCCUGACCGACUACAUCAAGGGGGCCACGGAAUCCAGGACUAUUUUAUACCUGGCCGCACCCAGUCGCACCUUAGCCGAAUCCUCUCCAUACUUUGAGUCACUCAAAAACAAACCUCAAGAGGUUCUCUUUUGCUACGAACCUUACGACGAGCUGGUUCUGAUGCAGCUACAACAGUUCCAAGGUUAUCGCCUGAUAUCCGUCGAGAAGGAUAUGAGGGACGACAAGGCGGCCAGCGAUCUAACCAACUUAGGAGAGGACAGUUUAAAAAGAAGCGAAAUCAACGAGCUCUCGAAUUGGUUAAAGGAGAAAUUGGUGGGUAAAGUGGCCUCGGUAAAUGCGACCACUAGAUUAGAAAAUCACCCCUGCGUGGUGACCGUGGAGGAAAUGGCGGCCGCGAGGCAUUUUAUCCGCACUCAAAGUCACGGUUUACCGGAGGACCGACGUUAUGCCAUUUUGCAACCGCAGCUUGAGAUUAAUCCCAAGCACCCGAUUAUUAAAAAGUUGUACAAACUGAGAAGCGGCGAUCCUGAACUUGCGGAACUGUUGGCUAAUCAGUUGUUUGCCAAUUCCAUGGUAGGAGCCGGUCUAGUGGAGGAUCCCAGGGUACUACUAACCUCCAUGAACGAUUUACUUUCUAAGGCAUUAGAAAAACAUUGAUUCCAUUUUUGUUUUGUUCCUUUUUUUUUUUUUUUUUUAAUAUAAUAAUAUGUUGUACAGUUACCAAUAAAGUUGUAUAAAAGUAUUAAAACA